CUGCUCCAUCCACAAACUCGCCAGCUUUAACACACAUCCCAUGGCAAAGAAGAUGAUGCUGAAUAUCUCAUAAAACUAGGCUUCUCCACAAGCUAUCUUACACGUUUCAUUCGCACCGACAACAAGCUCAGGAAGUCUUGCAUCUGAUUAACCAAUUGCAGCCAGCAGAUCUCUCCAGAUUCAUUCUAUAUCUAUCAAAUAAUGGCGAUCAAGUCAGAUAACAAAACAAGAAGCUCCGUUCAGAUCUUCAUCGUCUUCAGCCUAUGCUGCUUCUUCUACAUCCUCGGAGCAUGGCAACGAAGCGGUUUCGGCAAAGGAGACAGCAUAGCUCUCGAGAUGACGAACUCCGCCAGCGCAGCCGACUGCAACAUCGUCCCGAGCCUAAACUUCGAAACCCACCACGCAGGGGAAUCAAGUGCCCUUGUUGCAUCAACCAAGGUCAAAACUUUCGAGCCUUGCUCCGCUCGUUACACCGACUACACGCCCUGCCACGACCAGAAGCGCGCGAUGACGUUCCCUAGAGAGAGCAUGAUCUACCGCGAGAGGCAUUGUGUACCCGAGAACGAGAAGCUUCGCUGCCUUGUGCCCGCGCCUAAGGGAUACGUGACGCCUUUCUCUUGGCCUAAGAGUAGAGACUACGUGCCUUACGCUAAUGCGCCGUAUAAGGCCUUGACUGUUGAGAAGGCGAUUCAGAAUUGGAUUCAGUAUGAAGGCGAGGUGUUUAGGUUCCCUGGAGGUGGGACUCAGUUCCCUCAGGGUGCUGAUAAGUAUAUUGAUCAGCUUGCUUCGGUGAUUCCGAUGGAGAAUGGGACUGUUAGGACUGCUUUGGACACUGGUUGUGGGGUUGCGAGUUGGGGAGCGUACUUGUGGAGUAGGAAUGUGCGUGCAAUGUCUUUUGCACCGAGAGAUUCGCACGAGGCUCAGGUUCAGUUUGCGUUAGAGAGAGGUGUUCCGGCUGUUAUUGGUGUUCUUGGUUCCAUAAAAUUGCCAUAUCCAACACGGGCUUUCGACAUGGCUCACUGCUCAAGGUGUUUGAUUCCUUGGGGAGCAAAUGAUGGGAUGUACUUGAUGGAAGUUGACCGUGUGCUUAGACCCGGCGGCUACUGGAUCCUAUCCGGUCCACCGAUCAACUGGAAAGUCAACUACAAGGCAUGGCAACGUCCCAGGGAGGAUCUCCAAGAGGAACAAAGAAGGAUCGAAGAAACCGCUAAGCUUCUCUGUUGGGAGAAGAAGUACGAACACGGAGAGAUCGCCAUCUGGCAGAAGAGACUCAACGACGAAGCGUGCCGCUCAAGACAAGACGACCCUAGAGCCAACUUCUGCAAAACCGAUGACACCGAUGACGUCUGGUACAAGAAAAUGGAGGCGUGCAUUACGCCUUACCCUGAGACAAGUAGCUCGGACGAAGUGGCUGGAGGUGAACUUCAGGUUUUCCCCGAUAGGCUCAACUCGGUGCCGCCUAGGAUCUCCAGCGGUUCGGUCUCUGGCGUCACGGCUGAUGCUUAUGAGGAUGAUAACAGGCAGUGGAAGAAACAUGUGAAGGCUUACAAGAGAAUCAACGGUUUGCUUGACACGGGGAGGUACCGUAACAUUAUGGAUAUGAACGCAGGGUUUGGUGGGUUUGCUGCUGCUAUCGAAUCGCAAAAGCUUUGGGUUAUGAAUGUUGUCCCGACCAUUGCUGAGAAGAAUAGGCUUGGUGUUGUGUAUGAACGUGGACUCAUUGGAAUCUACCAUGACUGGUGUGAGGCUUUCUCUACGUAUCCAAGAACGUAUGACUUGAUCCAUGCGAACCAUCUCUUCAGUCUUUACAAGAACAAGUGCAAUGCGGAUGACAUUCUUCUGGAGAUGGAUAGGAUUCUCCGUCCUGAAGGAGCGGUUAUUAUCCGAGACGAUGUUGAUACAUUGAUCAAGGUGAAGAGGAUCAUCUCUGGAAUGAGAUGGGACUCGAAGCUGGUUGAUCAUGAGGAUGGUCCUUUAGUUAAUGAGAAGGUUUUGAUUGCUGUGAAGCAGUAUUGGGUCACCAACUUCACUGCGUCUCACUGAAGUAUCUUCACUCAUGGUCAUGGUGUGAGCUGACAUUUUGAUCUUAUGAUAGAGCUUUCGAGCUACACUCUCGUCUUUGUUACAUUUUUCUAAGUAUUUCUAUUUAUUUAUGUAGCAGUUUAUAUUUGUUUCCCAAUCCAAAAACUUGGAACUUUUAAGGUGUAUUAUCAUUGAAUUCUCAACUUUAUCAUCACUGAGUUAUGCUUCAAGAACAUUAAAAUGUAUAAUGCAUUCCCUUUA